AUCUGAAGCAGAGCUCAUGAUAAGCGCACGAACAAAAUAACUCAAAUAAACCGCUAGGCUCACAGCGGACGUGACGUCACCGGAAGAGAGGCAUCAAAGAACUAGAAAGUCUAAAAAGGAAUGCAAGAAACAAACCGGAAGUGUGGCACAGAAGACACAAAUAAGGUGACAGGAUAUUGGAAACGGACCCCGGAAGUACACCAUGUCCCUGUCCAUGUGUAGGUGCUUUGGCCGCGGCCUCGUUGCCCCGUCCCCUCUAAACUUGCUCCUUGUAAGAGGAGCUUCAAAGAAAGCUGGAGGCAGUUCCAGGAACCAUGGCGGGAAGAGUCCUGGCAAGCGAUACGGCGUCAAGAAAUAUCAAGGAGAAUUCGUUCAUGCUGGGAACAUUCUUGCCACCCAGCGUCUGAUGCGUUGGCAUCCUGGCUCCCAGGUGGGCAUCGGCCGCAACAAUACUCUCUUUGCGUUGGAGGAUGGAAUUGUCCGCUACACCAAGGAAGUGUAUAUCCCUCCCCCUUACAGCACCGAAACUGAGAACGUUAUUUGCCAGUUGCCUGUGGGCGCUGUUCUGUACAAGACUUUUAUUAACGUUAUUCCCACACGGCAGAAUAGCCAGUUCCAACUUGUAGACAUGAUGUGAGACAACGCUUUUGUGUAAAUAACUUUUUAAUAAAUUAUCAUAGCAGUA